UUAGGCUAGUUUGCGAACAAUAUUCUUUUAAGUUUAGUUUCGAGUGUUAAAAUGUGGCUGACGGCAUCUUUUGCAGCCGCAUUAGUUAAUAUAGUUUUAAGUUAUAGUUAUCCAGAUAACUUAACUAGUCUGUAUCCAGACGAUGCGAAUAAUCACAUGAAUUUCACGACGAAAUGUUUUGGUGACUUGGGAUGUUUCUAUACCGGUCCUCCCUGGUAUCAUCCUCUGUACAGGCCUAUAACUGUACCACCACAAGAGCUACAUACGGAGUUUCUGUUGCAUACACGUUCCAAUAAAAAGAAGCCCUAUCAUCUGAAACCAACACCAGAAUCACUGUCAAAGUCUCCUUUCGAAGAGAAUUCAACUUUAAAAGUAUUCAUUCAUGGAUAUGCAGAAAAUACAACUGUGUUUACAGGAAUAGUAAAAGAGUUCCUGAAGUACUCCUCCUUCAACCUAAUCCUUGUUGACUGGUCACGUGAUAACAAACCACCUUUACAUCAAGCAGUUGCCAACGCCAGAUUGGUCGGAGCGUAUACAGCAAAACUUCUUCAUUUCAUAAUGUCUCAAACUGGAUUGAAAGCAGAAGACAUUCAUGUCAUUGGACACAGCGUCGGAGGUCAACUUGUUGGUUUUGUUGGUGAAAGAGUUCACAACUUGGGCAGAAUCACAGCCUUGGAUCCAGGAGGUCCAUACUUUGACAAUGCACCCAAUGAAGUCUGUUUAGAUAGGAGUGAUGCUAUCUUUGUUGAUGUUUUACAGACGAACUCUGGAUAUAGUGCUUAUACUGGCAUUGGUGAAGGUCCGGUUAUUGGGCAUGCUGUCUUCUCGAUCAACGGUGGUCGUCAUCAACCCGGCUGCGACUACAAACCUGCCAUUAAACUUUUAGGCAAAUAUAAUAAGAAGACAAUUCCAAAUCAGUGCAGCCAUCUGCGAGUUCUGGAUAAUUUUCAGUCUUCCAUCAGUACUUGUCAGUACACUUCAUACGCGUGUUUCUCCUAUGAAGGAUUUAAGGCUGGACUCUGCAAGGAUACUCCAUUCACGAACAGGAUGGGAUAUCACGCUGUCAAACCACCCUAUCAACUCAAUUAUUUCUUGGACACCACCAGUAAAGCUCCCUACUGUGAACCCAAAUAAGCUUCUCCUUCAAAUAUUAAAGCUCCUUAAUUUUAUAUACUUCUGAUUA